AUGGAUAGUAAACGAGUCAAGCUAAUGCAGCUCUUCACAACAUGCCAACAGUGUGGAGUGUUAAUUGAAGAGGAUGACAAGAAAGUGACCACUAGUGGGACCCGCAUACACAUCAAGUGGAGCUGUGUGAAAGGACACUCAGGUGAAUGGGAGUCAUGUUCUCAACUGCGUGGAAUGCCCGAAAACAACCUGCUGGUUGCCUCAUCCAUCCUGUUCACAGGUUCAACUUUCACAGAAAUCUUUGAUUGGGCUGAACUACUGAAUCUCCAAAUUCCAAAGAAGACUACAUUUUACUCCCUGCAAUCCACCUACCUCAUACCAGUGAUUGAGAAUGCAUACCGUGACCAUCACGAAGAGAUGAUGAGCAAUCUACAACUACAGGACAGUGGUGGAGGGAUUUCAAUCUGCGGUGAUGGUCGUUCUGAUUCACCUGGAUUUAGUGCCAAGUACACUACAUACAGUUUCAUGAGUAAUGCAACACAGGAAAUCAUCAUGGUGGAUUUAGUUCAGGUUACAGAGGCGACCAGUUCACCAGCCAUGGAGACCCUGGGGUUUCGAAGGGGUCUGGACCGUUUGCUUCAGGCAGGAGUUAGAGUGGAUGUCAUCACUACAGACCGCUCUCCUUCUAUCAGGAAGCUUAUGAGAGAGACCUACUCUGACAUCCAGCACCAGUUUGACCCUUGGCAUGUUGCAAAAGGUAAGCUUUUUACUAAAUGCAAUCAUUCUCUGUUGAAACCUCCCCCGCCCCCUCUUCUCUCUCAUCCCUACCGUCAUUGUCCUUUUAUUUCUUAG